AACGUGGCUCAAACAGGGCUUAUAGUGCGGAGAGGGCUGUGAGACGUGGUAGUGGAUCAAUCUUCUCUACUGCUGUAUAACACAUAUCAUAUAUUGUUACUUCAUGCAAAUGGGUAGGAGAUUUCAUUUUUCAGCAUGUAUUUUUAUGAAGCUGCAGUGACGUGUCCCUUUCAAUUUUUUUUUUGGAUAGACCACCCAUGGAUACAAAAUGCGAAAAAGGCUCCAAAUGUUCCUUUAGGAGAUAUUGUGAGGGCAAGACUCAGGCAGUUUUCUGUUAUGAAUAGAUUCAAGAAAAAAGCUUUGAGGGUAAUUGCAGAACACUUAUCAGUUGAAGAGGCAGAAGUAAUCAGAGAUAUGUUUAUGUUGAUGGAUACUAACAAUGACGGAAAAGUAACAUACGAGGAACUGAAAGCUGGUCUUCGUAAAGUUGGUUCCCAGCUGGCAGAACCAGAAAUCAAGCUGCUGAUGGAUGUGGCUGAUGUUGAUGGAAAUGGAGUCUUGGACUAUGGGGAGUUUGUUGCAGUAACAAUCCACUUGCAGAGAAUGGAGAAUGACGAGCACUUUCGUAGAGCAUUUAUGUUCUUUGAUAUAGAUGGAAGUGGGUAUAUCGAGAUUGAUGAACUUCGAGAAGCUUUAGCCGAUGAAUCUGGUGAAACUGAUGGAGAUGUACUCAAUGACAUUAUGCGAGAAGUUGAUACAAAUAAGGAUGGACGAAUCGAUUACGAGGAGUUCGUUGCAAUGAUGAAAACUGGGACGGAUUGGAGAAAGGCAUCCCGUCAGUACUCAAGAGAGAGGUUCAAGAGCUUGAGCCUUAAUCUCAUGAAAGAUGGCUCUCUGCAGCUUCAAGAUGGUCUUACCGGUCAAACUGUUGUCGUUUGAAGUUUCACAAUCACAUUUAGGUUUGAGUUCAUUGAUUCUUUCUCUUCUCCUGAUAGCCAGACAAAUAGACUUCAACUCACUGGCUUUGACACCUGAUACUUCUGGUAUGUGAAGCUUCACAAAGAAGGAGCUUCAAGACUCGGGUUUUGAUUGAUUAUGCAACAUUUGGUUUUUAUUGUCGAAAUUGUUGGCUUUUGGCAUAACGAGUAAUGGGUUUCGGGGAUGAUGCUUUUACGAGUUUUUGUUAAUAGAUGUGUAGGCGUAUGAUAUAGGUUCCAUGUUCGUGUUGCACCCUUCUGUAUAUGUGUUACUUUGUUCUGUACUUUGUGCCAUUUUAAACCAAGCACAUAUAACAGUUAAAUUUGUUAAUUUAAAAAUUGGAUAUGUGAAUUCUGAGAUC